UGGAGCUGGGUCCGGAAUUGGGUUUGGUUGUGGACUUUGUGCGGAUAAGAACGGCCCCUCUCUUCCUACUUCUUCGCCUUCUUCUCUCCUCUGUCUUAAGACCAUCAUCUUCUACCGCCUCCUUCGUACAUACCCUCUCUCUCUCUCUCCCCCUCACACCGUCUUCACUCUUCUAAAAGUUUCUGCUUAUAUUUGCUCUGAAAAUCUCUUACAUUCCUCAUUACCUCAUCAGACUCUGUCUCUUCUCUGUUCUUUCAAGCUGGCGAUCGAACGCCAAGACACCUUUGUGAAGGAAAUUAAGCCCAAGAACAGGAGAAUCAUGGGUGCUGGAGGUCCUGGCGAUGAGGACAACAGGUGGCCGCCAUGGUUGAAGCCUCUGCUCAAAGAGAGCUUCUUUGUUCAAUGCAAGUUACAUGCCGAUUCCCACAAGAGCGAAUGCAAUAUGUAUUGCUUGGACUGCAUGAACGGUGCUCUCUGCUCUCUCUGCCUCGCCUUCCACAAAGACCAUCGUGCCAUUCAGAUUAGGAGGUCUUCGUACCAUGAUGUGAUUAGGGUCUCGGAGAUUCAGAAGGUUUUAGACAUAAGUGGCGUCCAGACCUACAUUAUCAACAGCGCGAGGGUAGUGUUCCUGAACGAGAGGCCUCAGCCUAGGCCUGGAAAGGGCGUCACCAACACCUGCGAAGUCUGUGAACGUAGUCUUCUCGAUUCAUACCGUUUCUGUUCUCUCGGCUGCAAGAUCGUCGGGACUUCAAGCGAUUUCCAGAAGAAGAAGAAGCAGUCAGCGGUAAUGGCGACGGACUCGGAGGAUUCGUACAGCAGCAGCAGCAGCCACGGCCGGCAGAAGUACGGCAAGUCUCAGGUUCAGAGCUUCACCCCGUCAACGCCGCCUCCGACUUCGGUGAAUUACAGAACGGCCAAGAGAAGAAAGGGAAUUCCCCACAGAGCCCCAAUGGGAGGACUAAUCAUAGAAUACUAAGAAAGUUUAGUAUUUUAGGGUAUUUACUACCAGGUCCUCGCGUAGAUAAGUAUUACAUAGCAAUACAAGUGACACGACGUCGUUUGAUCAGCAUCAGCAACCAACAAUAGUCGAGCCUUUUGGGAUCGAAGUGUGGGUAGCGGCUUCUAGCAUUGUAUAUAGAAAGUGCAAUAGGAAAGAGGAAAGGUUUAAGAAAGUAGAAAAUAAGGCAUGUAUGGAAGAGUCGAUGGUGAUGUGAGAGAAAGAAUGGCGUAGCAAAAUAAUAAGUAAAAGGUUCUUUCAGUGGAGCCUAGUAUGAUAUGGAAAAUAGUAUUACAUAGGAUAGGCCUUGUGGAAGUUACUAUACAUAAGUUUUGGGAUUGAGUUGUAAAUACUAAAUAGCACUCUUUUUAAAACAGGUGGACUGUUAAUAAUAUAUCGAAUGCUAAAUUAAGAAGUAAGAAUUUUUAUUAAA